GAGGCAAAGGGCAGGGUUGCUGCGACAACCACGACCAAAUCGGAAAAACUGACAAAUGCUGUUUCGUAUCCACGGCGAUCAAGGCGAUGGGAGAGAGCUCUGCAGGUGCCCGAUAAGGGUGUCAGAGAACUGCCUCGGACCCAACACAGACUGCUCCUCCUGUUGCAGCAGCGCACGCUGGUCCGUGCACGGCUGGGCCAGAGUGCUGGGACGGACAUGCAGAGGUUCAAGGAGGAGGGGGAGCAUGUCUGUUCCUCUGUGUGGCACCAGGUGGCGCUGUGUUCCCCUGACACCCAGCAGCAGCUGGCCGGCUUCCAGAGCUCUGUGGCCUCUCUCUCAGAGCAGGGUGCAGAGGGCCGGUGGCAGAAAGCAGACCUCCUAAUGCAGUUUGCAGAGUGGCUGUACGGUCAGAACCAGCCUCUCCAGACAACCCAGCACCACCUCCACUGGGCCGUAGACCUGCUGCUGCAGCUAGACCCUGAACUGGCCCAGGAGACAGAGGACCUAUCCAAGGACAGUGGCCCCGCUGACCCCUUGGGGCCGGAUCCCCCCUUACAGGCGGAGGUCAGUGAGGCGUCUGGACGGGUGGAUCAGAGCGCACACCCUGCUGGGCUUCAUGGAGCCCAGGACCUCCCCGGGCCACCAGGAGAACCUGCUCCGGGCCUACGUCUUCGUCCUGCGCACCUGGAACGUGUCCAUGGCAACAGUGCGUGAGGUCCUUAACGAGAUGGCGAAGGCUCCGCCGGUGGAGCCCCCCAGCUCUGCUGCCUCCAGGAAGGAGGAGAGUGUGGUGCGAGACAAGGGCAAGGGGAAGAAGACCAAAGAGGCACAGCAGACCCCCGUACGUUUCCAACCGCCUCUGACCACGCCUGCUCUGUAUACGACACAACACAAAACACACAACACACAACACACAACUCACAACACACAACACACACGUCCCUCUGCACACAAACCAUGCGUGUGGUUCCUUCAAAUUCAUAGAAGUUAAGCAGUACCCUCAUUUUGUAUUUUGUUAGUGAGACGUUUCAU